CUUUCUACGUCAUAUAUAAAUGCACUAUUUGUGAAUAAUAAUAAAUCACAUUAUGUAAAAACACAUAUUUGAGAUAAAGUCUGCUUCUGCUGCUAUUAAUCAAAUGCUUAAACAUGUUGAGGAUGAGGGUGUGAGCAAAAACUCACUAAUUUUUGCCUAGAUUAAAAAAAUUAAGCUUUUCGAAACAAAUCAAAUCUUGUAUUAUAUUAUAUAAAUUGAAUACAACAUACAAAUACCUUUUUACAGAUAUUCUUUUGUUACUACUACACAACAUUGCUAUUUUCUAAUAGUAUAUAUUUAGUUAUGUUGAUAUGACAUGUAGAGAAUAAUUUAGAUUGAUUAGAAAGCAGCAAAAUCUGAUCACAAUUAAACGAGAAAUAUUCACAUGAUUUCAAUUGCAUACAUAUCUGUAAAAUUCUUUGUUUAUAUAACUAACAAAUCAUAUGUUAUUCUUCUUCAUAUUCCAUUAGACAAUAAAAAACUUCUGAUUUAUUCUGUAUAUUUUCAUGUUAAGAAUAUUCAUAUUGUAUUACUUAAAUCAUAAAAAAUAAAUAAACCAUUUAGUUGGAUCAAUUUUUGAUACAAAAUAUUUUUUUUCUGUUAUUUAAUCUCUUGAAAUUUUCAGGUCAUUGUCUGCAUAAAAAAGAAAGAACUUUUUAUUUGAUCGAUUGUUUGCCUUCAGUUUAUUCGUAUUCUACUUUACUUAUAUAUCGUCAUCGACAAAAAAAAACAACAGCAGGCUUUAAAGAACACUCAUUGUAUAUAGUUACUGCUUUCUGACGUUAAUAUUUGUUAUGAGAUUUUAUUCCUAAGCUACAAAAAAAUAAAAACAUUCAUUCAACAUGAUUUUUUUUGUUAUAUCACAUAUUCAAUAGUGUUCGUCUGGCUUCAUUUACUAAAGCCUUAAAAAUAAAUAUAUCUUCAUUAUUCGUACCUUUGUUUAAUUAAAUUUAUUAUUUUUCUAUGCUUUUGAAAACAUAUGAAAUAAAAAUGUAAAUUAUUCUCAACACGAGCGAAAAAAAGGAGAAGAAAAAAGGAAAAAUACAAUGAUUGUAAUUAUUAAGGCUAAAACAAUUGAGAUUUUUGAAUCACGCAUCGACAAACACAUUCUUGUAAUCAUCUUAUUUUACUAUUUUUUUUUUCUUCAUUUCUAUUCAAACAUAAAAAUAAAUCAAUUGAACAACAAUAACAACAACAACAUUUGUAUUACAUUGCAGUUGAAGAGAGGGAUAAAAACGAAAAACAAUAAAAAAAAAAACAGAAGGACAUGAGUAAAACUAUGUGAGAUCUUUAUGAAAUAUUUCUAUAUUACUUUAAUAAACUAAUCCUAUUUAGUCUUACACAACAUAUUCAUCCAGCUGUAUUGAAACACGAAUAUAAUCCACAUAAUGUAUGGGAUUUUGAUAAACAAUGGCAAACAAAAUUCUGUUCAUGUCAACCAACGGGUCGAUGCAUUUUUGCAUGUUUUUGUUCAUGUUGUAUGGGGAACAAAUUAGCGAAAUAUAUGGGUGAAAAAGGUAUUAUUGGUUGUUUUCCAUGCUCAUUACCUUAUCUCCGAACAAAGCUACGAACAGCACGACGCAUUGAGGGUUCUUGUUGUGAAGAUUAUUGGGCAUCAAAUUGUUGUAUGGCAUGUACAGCAACGCAACUAGCAAAUGAACUUGAAACACAAGGCUUAUGGGAUGUUUCCAAGACGAACAAGAGUAAACAUGUUCGAAUUGAUCAUUCAAAUCAAUAUAACGAUUAA